AUGGAGUCGGUCUGCGCUGCUGGGGCUGCUGCGGCUGCUGGGGCUGGGCUGUGUUGGGAGAUUAUCGCCGAUCGAAGGAAUGGAAGAAACCCCCUGAGCCAUCCGGAUGGUAAGGCUGAAAAGGGUGACCGGGAUAGAGGAGACGGGACGGAUUUCGGAGAGUCGAUAGCUCGACACCGCGCCAUGGGAGCUGACUUUCCUAAGGUUGGCCUUGACCUUCGUGCGGAUACGAAUACGCGGAGUCCGGGAAAAGUCGAGCGACCGUGGCCGACUUGGCAUUGA